AUGUCAAUGUUCAACCGCAUAAAAAACAUUGGAGAAAUCGAUCUCUCCGAAGCUCUGGUUCCAGGGUUUUUUCGAACAGACGACCUUGCUCGCUAUGGAUUUCGUGGAGGGCUUUCUGCUUUUGCCUUUGACCCGGCUCAGGGCCUUUUUGCUGUCGGAACCAACAACGGCUACGUUCACAUUUUUGGCCAAAAGAAUGUGGAGUUUGUCUACUCGUUGGACCAGAACCUUGAAAUUAUUCACCUUGCAAUCGUCAAAUCUAUUUACCUUACAAUUAUCGAUAUUUCAAAUACUAUCACAGUUUUUUCUCUUGACACCAAAGCGCGUCUUUAUACUUCUAUGAUUCCUGGCCGCGUGUCUUCCAUCGCAUCUGACCCUGCGAUGGAGUGGCUAUUUAUCGGCACUGAAGCCGGCCAAAUAUCUGUUUAUGAUGUAGACAGAGGUGUUAUGAGUCCAUAUCAUAUUGCCAGUUUACAACGUUCGUUUUUACAAAAGAGCAAAGCAUCUCCGGUUGUUUCUCUACAACUUCAUCCUCGCGACCCUUCUAAGCUACUUGUUUGCUAUACCGAUUGUGCUAUUGUCUUCAAUAUUGUUACACAGGAGAUUGUUUUUGGCUUAAAAUAUGAGCUUCCUUCUGGUGCGCCAGGUGGUGAUUUAAACCCUAUAGUCAUUCAACAAUACCGUUUACCGCCAUUUUUGCAAGCCUUGUGGCAUCCUCAUGGCCAUCAUAUUUUGACAUCUCACCUUGACGGCUCGCUAGUUUUUUGGGAUGGUACGGAAGGUGUUUUACUUCAAGCCCGAACUUUGACCGAUGUGGAUGUCAAUAUUCCGAGAAGAAAUACUCCUGGCGUGGGUGUGACGGGUGUUGACAACAAUAAAAUCACCAAGGUCGGAUGGGUCUGCACACAGAACCCUGAAGAGACCGCCAUAAUUGUUGCAGGUGGCCACUCUUUUGAAGGUGCGAUGCAGGGAGUCACGAUGCUGGAUUUUGGAGUUACACCUGUUGUUGCAAUUACGUCGUACCAAAAUAUGGGCAAGUUUUAUGCCAGCCCCAGACGUCAGCGAGUGUUCCCCACGCCUCAGGACUCAUUUGUAGUUGACUUUAUUCCUUUGCCUAGAGCCAACCCAUUUUAUGGUGGUGGAUGUGAUCCUAAUGCUAUUGUUUUCCAACUUUCUAGCGGAGAACUUACAACACUUUCGUAUCCAGAUGGCUUGCCGAUCAACUCUAUUGCUGGACUUCCUUCGGCUUUUGCAUGGGUGGAGCCGUUUAUCUGUACUCUCUCGGUGGCAUCUGUACCGCAUAACCAAUGGUUGGGUAUGAUGAGUUCUGUACCAGUUGCGGAGCCUUUUUUUAUUGGAGGUGCGCCAGCUCGUCGACACUUGCGCAAGUUUGAUAUGCGCAAUGCUCUUUGUACAGGCCAUUUAGAUGGUUCUGUGAGAAUUUGGGACGCGUCACACGGCGAACUUGAUGAUUCUCGAGUUAUUGAGAUUCAAGUCUCAGAAGCGGUAAAUCGCCACGAUCAAAAUAAAGUUGACAAAAUUUCUUUUGCGCCAACACCUGCUGAGUUAGCGGUAGCUCUUGAAACUGGUGAUGUUAUUCUUUACCGAUUUGGUACCGGGAAAAGACUAGGAAGUCUUGAGGACCGUAUGGCUCAAAUGAAGUUGAAGGAGCCUACAGGUGUGGUCAAAGACAUUCGAUUCCGCACUAAGUUGUUGAAGGACGGGUUUCUGCCACAAUCUUUGGUAAAUACAAACAAUGGCCCUGUUUCAGCUUUGGUUAACUCAGAAAUUGGGUUUGUAGCUAUUGGCUACAGAAAUGGCAACAUUACAGUUCUUGACCAGCGCGGACCUGCCAUUAUUUUUUCAUCUCCUAUUGCUAAUCUGGCGGUUAAGAAGAGCAAGCUAUUGCACAAGACUUAUACUACUGGCUCGGUAGGAGAAUACCCGACAGCUAUGAACUUUGGUAUUUAUAUGCUUGAUGGUGAGAAGUUCAGUAGCGUUGUUUUAUCUGUGGGUACAUCUUUUGGAAAGCUACAUACAUUCCGUGUUAUUCCUCUACCUACUGGAGCUUACACUUUAGAAUAUUUGGGAGUAACGGAGGCCAGCACGAGUCCUAUAUUAGAGGUCAUACCUCUCGACACAGAACGUGGUGUUUCUGCACAGGCACGGAUGGCUGAAAUGAAUAAAUUGGCACAGGGCAUACAAAUCAAUGGCGCUGUGAUUACUGUUUCUCAAUCGGAAAUCAGGCUAUAUCGUCAGCCUAAGGAAAAAGUUUCAUCACGGUCUAUUUCAUCAUCGCCAUUAGCAACAGGAGGAGUUUGUCACUUAAAACAAGCAGGAACUACUUGUUUGGUGACAAUCACUGUGGCUGGUGAGAUUGUAGUAUACAGUUUGCCCAACCUAGUUGAAAUUGUAAGCCAACGGCUUCCAUUUGCUGCUUCUCCAGAUUCGAUUGGUGACUCGAUUGUAAUGCAAAAUGGUGAUGUUCUUGUGCGCCGCAACCAACUAUCUGCGGCACUGAUUAAUAUUUGGGGUCGUGGAAUAAAGCAAGAUGAUAUUUACCAGGAUGCACUUUAUGAUGUGAUGAAACCCACACCCCCGCGACCUACUAUUAGUACUAUGCAGUGGAUUAAGGGUACACCUAUUGCAACUAUUGAUGAUGUUGAUUCCAUUAUUGGAGGUCCACGACGACCCAAGAGUAAAGCCACAAUUGAUCAGGAACGUGCCCAACGCGAUCAACAAAGCCUGAUUCAACGAAGCGCUAUGCAGCGUACCACGACUAGUGCAUCCACUGGAUCUAAUGUGAACCCGUUCAAUACAAUUUCGCGUGCUCUAGACAGUUUGGAGGAGUCAACAAAUCAAUAUUUAACUGAUUUGAGUGACGCAAUGACAGAUACACAAAAGUCAACACAAAACAGUUUCUUAAAAUCGGCCAUUAAGUCCAAGUUUGGAUUUUAA